UCAUUUCGCUCAAAUCCUUUUGAAAACCCUAAUUUCUCUCUCUCUCUCUCUCUCUCUCUCUGUGAAAUUUCUCCGGGGAACGAACAUGGCGGAGUGUCCGAUGGAUCUCAUCAACGAUCUCUUCCUCCGUCUCGCAGCAGCUACGCUCGUACGUUGUCGCGUCCUCUCGAAGCCAUGCUUCUCUCUUAUCGACAGUCCAGACUUCGUCUCGUCUCACCUCAGUCGCAGACUCGAAACAGGAGACCAUCUCAUGGUCUUACUCCGAGGACCUCGCAUUCUACGCACGGUGGAGCUCGACGCGCCGGAGAACGUCUCCGACAUCGACCACCCUCUGCAAGCCGGAGGUUUUACAGAGGUUUUUGGUUCUUUGAACGGUGUCGUCGGCUUAGUAAACUCUCCCGUAGACAUGGCUCUGUUCAAUCCGUCGACCAGGAAGAUUCACCGGUUACCAAUUGAGCCUCUUGAUUUCCCAGAACGUCACAUCACUCGUGAGUAUGUGUUUUACGGUUUGGGUUAUGAUUCUGUGAGCGACGACUUCAAAGUUGUGAGGAUUCUUCAGUCUAAGCUUAAAGGAGGCAAUGACAAUUUUGGUUACCCUGUUGAGAUCAAAGUUUUCAGCUUGAAGAAGAAUUCGUGGAAGAGGGUCUAUCUUCUCUUUGAGGUUCAGAUUCUUUUCAUCUAUUUCUAUUACGAUGUGUUGCCUCGCCGUGGAUUUGGUGUUGUUGCUAAGAAUCAUCUUCACUGGAUUUUGCCUCGGAAGCAAGGAUUGAUCGCNAAGUCGAAACUGUUUUAG